AUGAAUGAACUUCCUGUUUAUGGAAAUUUAUCUGCUAAUUUUUCUUACACAAGAAGAAGUCAGUCUUCAGAAGUCUACCUUGUUCCAUACUUUUUCACAGCUUGUCUUUUGAUUCUCACAGCGUGUGGAAACCUUCUGGUGAUAAUCUCUAUUGCUCAUUUUAAACAGCUUCACACAUCCACUAACAUACUAAUUCUUUCUUUGGCUUUUGCAGACUUCUUGAUAGGAAUAUUUGCAAUUCCUUUUAUGAUUGUUAAAACAAUAGAAAACUGUUGGCGUUUUGGGAAAAUAUUUUGUUUUGUGUAUAAUUUAUUAACUUUUCAGCUAACUUCAGUGUCUGUUAGCAACUUGGUUUUUAUAGCUGCAGACCGUUAUGUGGCUGUAUGUGAUCCACUUCAUUAUUCUUCAAAAAUAACUAUUCAAGUUGCUGGCUUGUUCAUUGCGCUGAGCUGGGUCUUCUCCUUAUUCUACACACUUGGUAUAGUAUGUCUGAGUGUAACUGAUACUAGCGAAGGACAAGAUGGGUGUGAAAAUAAUUGUUUUGUUGUAGUGGAUGCUGUAUUUGUCAUUGUUGAUACAGUGAUUACUUUUGUUUUACCCUGCUCGACAAUGGUAAUUUUGUACUUAAAGAUAUUUAUUGUUGCUAAGAGGCAUGCUAAAGUAAUUGACUGUAAAAUGCAGCAAGACUGCAUAGAUGGAAAAAGAAGUAUAUCUAAAAGAUCAGAAAGAAAAGCAGCAAAAACAUUAGGGAUUGUAAUGGGAGCUUUUUUAUUUUGCUGGGCACCUUAUUUCAUUAGUGGACUAACUGAGGUACUCAUAAACAUUACUGUUCCUACUAUACUAAAAAAUAUUUUUAUUUGGUUAGCAUAUUUUAAUUCCUAUUCAUCACUUGUUAAUUUGCUUUCAGAGAAUCAGUAA